ACGAAUUUAUCGCAGUCUGAAGAGUGUGGUUCUCUGGAAGAGUUCGAGAUAAGUCGAAAAGCUUCAAUAAGAUAGUGUGAUUCCCCUGCAUUUGCCACGAGGAUGGCGACUAAAGCAUUAUUAUUACUAGCAUUCAUUGUUAUUCCAUCGGCCCUUGGUCUGAGCAAGGAUGGCCUCUACCCCUACACAAGUGGAGGCGCUCAAACCCUUCAGACAGAUCACAACGGCCAACUAGGAUCCAGCGAAAUACAAUUGAAAACAUCCAUCAAUUUCUAUGAUAAAGUUUACAACAGUAUUUUCGUAAACGGAAAUGGUGUCCUAUCGUUCAUUCGAUCAAUGCAGAGAUUCUUCAACAUAGCUUUUCCACUGGACGAUCCGGUGAUCGCUCCCCUGUACACCCACGUGGACACCCGGGGUUCUGGAGCAAUAUACUACAGUGAAACAGAUGACCCAGAGGUUCUUUCACGUGCUGGGGGUAUGGUCCGCAGUGCCUUCAAGAAUACUGAUAAUUUCGAUCCAACCAAUGUGUUCCUGGCGACGUGGCUCGACGUGGGGUAUUACAACGAGAAGAGCGAUAAAGUCAAUACCUAUCAAGUGGCGAUAUCAUCCAAUGGCACGCAUUCGUACAUUGAACUUCUAUAUCCCAGUGGUAGUAUUCAGUGGAUUCAGGGUGAAUCUCAUCCGAAUGGAUUGCCAGAUGCCAAAGCACAGGCUGGAUUCAUGAGUGAGGGGAGAAUGUACACGUUGAAAGGAUCGGGAACCGAUCAAAUUCAAAAUAUCGACAAGUGGUCCAACGUCAACAGACCCGGCCAAUGGGUUUACCAGAUAGGGCCAAUUCCCGAGGGACAGAACAUCAAAACUCCCAACAAUAUCGACAUGGUUAACAAAAUGUUUCCAGAUUCCAACAUUCAAACGGACCAGACCUGCAUGACUGGGGCAACAACAUGCCACAGUAAAGCGACAUGCAUGGAUUACGAGUACGGUUUCUGCUGCAGUUGUAAGCCAGGAUUUUUUGGCAACGGAAAGUCCUGUCAGCCCAAUGAUUUACCACUCCGAGUAAUUGGUAAAGUCUCGGGUCGAAUAAAUGGUGAAGAAUUGCCCUCCCGCGAUCUCCAGUGUUACGUGCAGACGAAGGAUGGACGUACCUAUACAGCUCUAUCACGUAUCCCAGAGAGUGUGGGCCAGGACUUUCAAUUAUUAGGGACCCUGGGUGGAGUAAUUGGGUGGCUAUUUGCUAAACCAAUGGGAGAGAUAAAAAAUGGCUACCAGCUAACAGGUGGACUGUUCAAUCACACAGCUGAGUUGGUGUUCGAUUCAACAGGAAGCAGAAUAACAAUAAGAAGUAUUUACCUGGGUCUUGACGUUUUUGGCCAAUUGAAGAUGGAAGCUGAUAUUCAGGGAACAUUACCAACCCUUCCACCAGACUCUCGAGUUGACUACGGUGAUUACGAGGAAGUUUACACUUCGAACAGGAGAGGAGCACUUCGAUCCCACAGCAGCCGGAAGUACAAACUCAGUGGGAAUCCGACUGAAUACCCGUUCUCAGUCGAUCAGACCAUAACUUAUCAGGACUGCACUCAUGUUAAAUCCAGUGGAGACAAUACGACAAAGUUGAAGUUCUCGCGGGGACUGACUACUUACGAGGCGCGAGAAGGAAUCAUCAGAUUUGCUAUGAACUCCAAAAUGACACCGCUGGAGGAGGAGGAUCCUUGCAUCCAGGGGAGGGAGACUUGUGGGGAGCACAGCUCGUGUGUCGUUGAUGGAGAUGAUUUCAGAUGUGUCUGUAAUACCGGUUACCAACAACUUUACGAAGAGGACGGGACAGCGAACUGCGUUGAUAUCAACGAGUGCACAGCUGGUUAUCACUUGUGCUCCCCGGAUGCUCAAUGUAUGAACAACGAGGGAGGUCACACCUGCCAGUGCAGACCAGGAUUUUCAGGAGACGGAAGAAUCUGCGAAAGGCUCGGCAGCUGCGACGAUACCCGCUGUGGAGAAUACGAGGAAUGUCGGAUAGUGAAUGAACAGCCGAUCUGCUCAUGCGUCGCUGGAUUUGUGAAGGGAGAUCAGGGUUGCUUCCCACCUGAAGAUCCCUGCAAUUUGGCGAACAAUUGUUCACCCCAGGGUGAGUGUACCUACGACCACCAAAAGCAGUCCCACGUGUGUCUAUGUCUCCCCGGAUUUGUCGGUGAUGGAUACAACUGUUACCCUGAACAAACCCCAGAAUCAAUUUGUGUUAAUGGAGUCUGCUGGUGUCCACCAUCGUGGGAACUGCGUGACAACAUGUGUACUAAAUCGCAGAGUCAAAAUUUAGGGUCCACUACGAGCGGCCCCCAUCGAGAUCUAUCAGCACGACCACAACCGGAAUGUUAUAAGGAUAAUUGUAUUUGUCCACGGGGCUAUGACUAUGAUGCCGAGGAUCAUACUUGUGAACCACAGCCUGGAUACAAGCACGACACAAUGGGUCCUACUGGAAUGCAAUUAUCUUGCAACGUGGUUAACACAUGUCACCCAUACGCUCAAUGCGUAUUCAUCACCAGUACCGAGGAUUACGAGUGUCAGUGCAACGAAGGUUACGAAGGUGAUGGGAUUGAAUGCAUCAAGGCAGAUGUAUCCUGUAUGGAAGUUGAAAUUUGCGAUCCAAACGCAUCAUGCAGACCCGACGAGACCAUUCCCAAGUGCGUCUGCAAUCCUGGAUUCGAGGGGGAUGGAACUACUUGCAGCCCAAUCGAUGCCUGCAGUGAUCACUCAGAGUGCGGACAUCACGAGAUAUGUUCCUACAGUCCAUCAAAAUCCCGUUACGAAUGCACAUGCGAUGUGGGAUUUGAUAUGGUGAAUGGCCAAUGUACAGUUGCUGAUUGCUCCACCAAUCCAUCACAAUGUCACGUCAAUGCCCAGUGUAUAACAAUAAGUGGUGAAGGUUACAAGUGCGUCUGUAACCCUGGAUUCCACGGUGAUGGAAUAAAUCAGUGUGUUGAAGAUCACAUUGGUUGUAAUGUCGUUAAUAAUUGCGGAAGUAAUGCUGUCUGCGGGUACAAUCAAACGUCUGCUAACUACGCCUGCAUGUGUUUGCCGGGAUUCUACGGGGAUGGAUUUAUAUGCAAACCCCAAGUGUCCUGUCGUCAAAAUCCUGAAUAUUGUUCUCGAGAUGCCACAUGUUUACCAGUAACACCAACUCACUUCGCUUGUGUCUGCAAGGAUGAGUUUUACGGUGAUGGAGUCGAGUGCAAACCUAAGCCUAAACACUCCGCCAAUUUUCUGCUGGUCAAUCAGGGUAUGGCGACCCUGAGAAUUCCGUAUUUCCCGACUGCAGUUUACCCAGGAUCACCGAUCAACUUGGCUUACUCGCAGAUGGCCAUCGCCAUCGACAUCGAUUGUCCGAAUGGAACGGCUUACUCCAGUGAUAUAACUGGAGCCAAAAUAAUCUCCCUCACGUACAACGGUUCAUCGAUCCAAACUUUCAUGACUGACGUGAGCAGCCCUGAGGGCAUUUCCAUUGACUGGGUAUCACGAAACCUCUUCUGGACGGAUUCUGGAAGAGGAACCAUCGAAGUGGCGAGUUUAGAAACGAAGAAGAGAAAGGUCCUCAUAUCGGACGGUCUUGUGAACCCUCGAGGCAUCGCAGUCCACCCGUACCGUGGAAAGAUCUUCUGGUCCGACUGGAAUCGCAUGACACCGAAAAUCGAAUGGUCCAACGAGGAUGGGACACAAAGAGAGGUAUUCCUUCAAGGAGAUGACGUCAAACUUCCGAAUUCUUUGGCGAUUGACUGGACAACUGACGAGUUGUGCUGGGCUGACGCAGGAACUUUCACAAUCAGUUGCACUCCCAUCGACAAUAAACGAGUCCACAUUAUCGAGAAGGAUCUGGCUUACCCCUUCGGUCUGGCUAUUUCUGCUGAUAAUUACUACUGGACAGACUGGAAAACGCAUAAAAUCGAAGCGAUGUCAAAGCACACAAAUGAAAGACUAAAGUCCCUGCCAAUACCUCCCGGUGGCAGUGGAAAACUGUACGGAAUCACUUCAGUACCUGAACAAUGUCCACGACUAUCGAAUGUCUGUCAAUACGAGAAUGGACGAUGCCACAAGGAUCAGCUGUGUUUGCCCGAUGGACGAGGAGGUAGAACCUGUGCCUGUGCCGACAGUACCACUGGUCCUUGCACCGAGUCGCGAUCGUAGUUGGAUAAUUUCCACUGAUGCACGAUAAAUCAAUGUGUCACAAUGCAUAAAUCAUUAAGAAUUCGUUAUCGUAGGCUAGUUAACAAUGAUAAAAGUAUACUAACAUCUCUGAUAUCAACUACCGAAUGUAAUCAUAAUUUCAUUAUUAUUGUAUUUUAUUCAAUUAAUUUUUAUCCUAGUUAUAAUUAUGGAAAUUAUAAUUAUGGAAUCAUCGAAUCUCUCUGUAAUGAGCCUCAUUUUGUAUUUUUAGUUCGAGGAAAAUAAAAUAUUUUUUACUCCUGA